CGUGAUGCACAUGUGACAUUUAUAGUACGGCGUACAUGUACACAAUAGGCAUAUUGAUAUAAAUCGUGUAAAUAGUUAACAAACGCUCAAAACUACGACAUAUCGGGGUAAGAUAUGUCUGUGCUAGGUGGUAAUCUUGGAGUAGAGUGCCCAGUCUGUAAAGCAAGGCACCUGCCCAUUAAUGGCGGCACACGCGACGUCAAUGCAGGCGGAGUGCAGGUGGGGACUUGUGUCAACUGCGGACACACCUUCAAGUUCCGGGCCGUGACCCCGUACAAGUCCACAAUAUCAUUCACUGUUAAUGGCAAACAGUACACCGUUGGCAAUGAGUACGGGCCCGGUUCCGCUCUCAACGGUUUCCUUAGAGACGAGCGCAUCUCGCCGGGCACCAAGCACAUGUGCUACCAGGGAGGUUGCGGCACCUGCCUCGUGGAGGCAAAACUGUAUGAACCAAUCAGCCAACAGUAUCUCAGCUACGCCGUCAACUCGUGUCUGGUUCCCCUGUAUUCUUGCGAUGGUUGGGAGAUUCGCACCGUGGAGCACAUUGGAAACCUGCGAGCCGGACUCCAUCCGGUACAGAAACAGAUUGCAAAUUACAACGGGUCCCAAUGUGGGUACUGCACGCCUGGACAGGUCAUGAACAUGUUCGCUUUGACAGAGUUCUACGGAUCGAGCCUGACAAAGCAGAAGGUUGAAGACUCGUUUGACGGCGUCAUCUGCAGGUGUACAGGAUAUAGACCCAUACUGGCAGCAUUCAAAGACAUGGCCGCUCCGUCUACUCCAUGCAGUGGAUCUAUAGGCGACAUCGAGGAUUUGAAAGAACGCAGGUGUUCAAAGACUGGCAAGUCGUGCACCGGAAGCUGCUCCGGUCACCAAGCGGUGCCGCUUACGCACCUUGUGUUCGCCGACACCGCCUGGUAUAAGCCGACCUCGGAGGAUGAAAUCACGGCCAUACUGAACGCCAGCAAGGGAAAAACAAUCAGCUUCCUGUUGGGAAACACGGCACACGGAGUCUACGGAGACCAGAGUCCUGAUAAUUUUCAAGUGGUCCUGGAUCUGAGCGGCUUCAUGGAGAUGUACAGUAUAUCGUUUGACUCGGACAUCAUCUUUGGGGCGGGGUUAACGCUCACCAUGUUGAUUGACAUCUUCACGCGCAUGAGCCAGGAACAGGCGUACUUCGGGGAGUGUGCCAGGCUACUAUCCCGAGUGGCGAACUUGCCUGUCAGAAACAGGGCCACGUGGGCGGGUAACCUCGUGAUGAAGUUCAACCACAGGGACUUCCCCUCGGACGUGUACGUCCUCCUGCACGUGCUCAGGGCCCGGGUGUGGACAGGUUUCAUGGGUGACUCAGUGGACAUCAGCAACUUCAUGUCCACGUAUACCAGUGGUAAGCUGGUAUUCGCCUUUGACUACACGGACCUCGAUCAGGACGAGUACAUCAAGUUCUACAAAGUCACGCCGCGUGCACAGAACUCGUACUGCUACGUGACGGGCGGGUUCCGUGUGCGCCUGGAUAAGACGAAUUGGGUUCUCAAGGAGGCGCCUGUGCUUGCCUUUGCCGGGCUGGGCACGCAGUUUGCUCGUGCUACAAAGACGGAAGCAUAUUUGAACGGGAAAAAUAUUUCGGACCCAACUGUCCUAAGAACGGCUUUGGCCACUCUUCAAGGGGAGAUCAUCGCGGAUUCCUCCCCCGCACUGUCGAGUGCAGCAUACAGGACGAAAUUGGCGGUGUCUCUUUUCUACAAGUUCGUGUUGUACAUGGUUGGUGACCGGGCCGGGCAGCAAUACAGGUCGGGGGCCAGUCAGCUGUACUUCCUGCGCCCCAUCUCGUCCGGUCAACAGACGUACGAUACAAACACGAUGGAGUAUCCGGUCACGGAGCCCAUGAAAAAACUGGAAGCAGACGCCCAGGCGACGGGUGAAGCCCUGUACACAGACGACCUCCCGGCAUACCCGGGACAGCUGGAGGCCGCGUUCGUGUUGAGCACAGUCGGGAGCGGUACCAUCCAGGCAAUCGACGCCACCGCCGCUCUGAAAAUCCCGGGCGUCUCCAUGGUGAUAACAGCAAAGGACAUUGUGGGACAGAACAACUGGUUUAUUCCUGGCGUUGGCAUUAUGCAGUAUGAGUUGCUGGCAAGCAGUAAAGUUCUUUAUUGUGGACAACCAGUCGCUAUUGUUCUGGCCAAGGACUACGGGACCGCAUUGGGGGCAGUGUACGCGGUCAAGGUCACCUACACGGCGGUCACUAAGCCCCUCAUUAACCUGAGGGACGCCAUACAGCAGAAGUCCUUCUUCCCGGCGCCUUGUGAUGACCUCAUGGUCGGCAACCCUGAUGACGCUAUCUCGAAGUCCGCGGUGAGGAUAACCGGUGAAAUACAGUUGGGGGACCAGUACCACUUCCACAUGGAGAAUCAGGCAAGCCUGUGCGUUCCCAAGGAGGACGGAAUGGACGUGUUCACCACCACCCAGUCGAUCGACUUCACUCAGACGUCCAUAUCCCAGGUCACUGGCCUCUCCAAAAACAGUAUCAACGUGGAGGUGAAGCGGCUGGGCGGUGCGUAUGGCGGCAAGAUCACUCAAAACUGCUGGAUCGCCGCCGCCUGUGGGCUCUCAGCGUAUCUUAGCAAGACGCCAGUUAAACUGCGGCUCACCCUAGAGGACAACAUGAUGAUGCUGGGAAAGCGAUUUCCAUAUAUUGCCGAUUACGAGGUGGGCGUGACAUCAGACGGGCGACUGAACGGCAUCAAGAUGUAUUACUACGCUGACUGCGGUGCCAAUCCUAACGACAACUCCCUGCCUUUUAUGCAGGCUUGGGCCAACAACGCAUACGCUUGCGACAACUGGUACAUCAAGUGUGUGGCCGUGAAGACGAACAAGCCCAUGAACACAGCCGCCCGCUCGCCUGGCUCGCUGCCGGCAAUCUUCAUCAUGGAGUCGCUGAUGGAGCAAGUGGCCAAGACCCUUAACAAGGACCCCACUGACAUCCGGGUCCUCAACACGUUUUCUGAUGGCGCGGUGGAUCCACUGACGAAGAUGCCGCUCACGAACUGCCUGCUGCAGACCCAGAUUGCCAGUCUUCUCACUGACGUAGACUACCAAAACAGACGGAUCGCCGCAGACGCUUUUAAUCAGUCGAAUCGGUGGAAAAAGAAGGGUCUGUCGGUGGUACCGCUGAAGUUUGGUAUAGACUGGCGCGGUGCGCGCUACGGCAGCCAGGUGUCAAUCUACUGGCCGGACGGUACAGUGGCCAUAACACACGGGGGCAUCGAGCUGGGGCAGGGCUGCAACACCAAGGCGGCGCAGGUUUGCGCAUUCGAACUCGGGAUCCCCAUGGAUAUGAUCAAAGUCAAGGCCACAAAUUCCAACGCUACGGCAAACAGCGUAACCACCGGAGGGAGCAUAACGUCAGAAAAUGUUUGCGCUGGCGUGAUUGAAUGUUGCAAUCAGCUCAACGCACGUUUGGCACCCGUGAAAGCCAAGAUACAGGAUCCAACCUGGCUGAAAAUUAUCCAGAAAUGUUAUGAGGGUGGGGUGGAUUUGACCGCCAGAUACUGGAGGAACCCGGCCCAGACGACGCCGUUCCAGUAUUAUACGUACGGGGUCACCGUGGCGGAAGUAGAUUUCGACGUGUUAACUGGGGAGCACCAGCUCACACGAGUCGACGUGCUCUUUGACUGUGGGCAAAGCGCUAACCCUGCGCUGGACGUGGGUCAGGUGGAGGGAGCCUUUGUGAUGGGCCUCGGGUACUGGCUGACCGAGCAGUGCCGAUAUGAUCCCGACACGGGGGCCCUUCUGACCAACAGCACUUGGGAAUACAAGCCGCCUUCUUCUAAGGACAUACCUGUUGAUUUUCGGAUCAAUCUGGUGAAGAAAAAUCCGAACCCAGCUGGUAUCCUCGGAGCUAAAGGUCGGUGGUUCGACGAUUUUACAGCAGUACAUUUUAUGAAUCGACAUGCGUAAAUAGACAGGUGAAACUGACGUGUAACAAAUAUCUUGACAAAACUUCAAGACUCACUUGCAUUGUUACAUGCUCUAUUUCAGAGUUAAUGCUACUGUGUUUUUUUCAAAUAUAAAUACAUGAUUUCGCUGAUUAAUUAAAAAAAACAAAUACACCUUCCGUCAUGCAGCCACAUAAAUGUAUGUGUUCCAUCAGAACAUCAUAUCUGAUUACAGAUGAGAUCAAGGCCACUGUUACGUAAUAUAGAGACAUUGUUUCCGCUCAAAAACUAAGUAAAAAAUGAACUAUUUUAUUGGAACUACGUAUGCUAUUUUCUGUAUGUCAAGAUCUAGCAUGAACUUGCGACGUGAUGUGGGUUUAAGGUCAAGGUCAAUGUUAGUGGAUGUAGGAUUGUUGGUACUCAAUAACGCUCGAUUGGUUAUUGUCGGCUCGGGUACUACUUACAUGUACCCCGGGUACUCUUAAGUAUACUAACAUGUACCCCGGGUACGGUAAAAAUACUCAAACGUACCCGGGAAUUUUAACGCUAAAUCGGUCGCUGUCGGCUAUUUUUUUGAAAAUAAUUAUGUUCACAUUUAUUGCAAUUUUCUGUUAAAUGGACUCAUUAUUAUCGGAAUUCUUACUAAAAUUUCAUGUUGAUGCAUUUUUGUUUCAAAAGAGAUGUUUAUUUAAGAUAUAUAUUUUACGGCAAUUGGUUGCGCGUCUUACAACAUCGGAUUUUGGCGGGAAUACAACUCGGGUACAGUCUAAUAUCGACCGGGUACGUUUAAGUAUAUUUACCGUACCCGGGGUACAUGUAAGUAUACUUAACGGUACCCGGGGUACAUGAAAGUAGUACCCGAGCCGACAAUAACCAAUCGAGCCUCAAUAACGUGACAGCAAAUUGAUCAAUUCUAAUGAAUGUUUAUACAUUUAUCUCUCAUAUCCAGGGCUUGAACAUGGGAUGGGUGUGGUCAAUGUGACUGUUACUAAAUAUAUCGGCCGUGCUCUGUGAAAAAGGGGUUUAAUGCUUGUGCCUGAAGUGUCUUCCCAUAUAAGCCUGUGCAGUCCGCACAGGCUCAUAAAGGAUGGUAUAUUUCGUUUCAAGAAAGUGUCUUCUUAGCAAAAAUCAAGUUUAGGCAGAAAGUGUCGUCCCUGAUUAGCCUGUGUGGACUAAUCUGGGAUAAAACUUUACGCAUAUGCAUUAAACCUCCUUUUCACAGAUCGAGGCUCAUAUGUUAAAGGGGCCUUUUCACAGAUAUUAACGUGUUUUUUAGUUUGUCAUUAAAUACUGUAUAUUGAUAAAUGGUAACAUUGGAUCUUAAACGCUCCAGUAAAAAAAAAACAAGAAUACGAGACAAAAAAUAAAAACAGUAACCCUCGAACAUAGGUCGAGCGCUCUGACCUCUGCCAUAUUCAAGUAGGUUUCUGCUAGCUCGUGUCUAUAAUACUACAAUGAAGGCUGUCUGAAUAGUACCAUAUUCAAGUAGGUUUCUGCUAGCUCGUGUCUAUAAUACUACAAUGAAGGCUGUCUGAAUAGUACCAUAUUCAAGUAGGUUUCUGCUAGCUCAUGUCUAUAAUACUACAAUGAAGGCUGUCUGAAUAGUACCAUAUUCAAGUAGGUUUCUGCUAGCUCGUGUCUAUAAUACUACAAUGAAGGCUGUCUGAAUAGUACCAUAUUCAAGUAGGUUUCUGCUAGCUCAUGUCUAUAAUACUACAAUGAAGGCUGUCUGAAUAGUACCAUAUUCAAGUAGGUUUCUGCUAGCUCAUGUCUAUAAUACUACAAUGAAGGCUGUCUGAAUAGUACCAUAUUCAAGUAGGUUUCUGCUAGCUCAUGUCUAUAAUACUACAAUGAAGGCUGUCUGAAUAGUACCAUAUUCAAGUAGGUUUCUGCUAGCUCGUGUCUAUAAUACUACAAUGAAGGCUGUCUGAAUAGUACCAUAUUCAAGUAGGUUUCUGCUAGCUCGUGUCUAUAAUACUACAAUGAAGGCUGUCUGAAUAGUACCAUAUUCAAGUAGGUUUCUGCUAGCUCAUGUCUAUAAUACUACAAUGAAGGCUGUCUGAAUAGUACCAUAUUCAAGUAGGUUUCUGCUAGCUCAUGUCUAUAAUACUACAAUGAAGGCUGUCUGAAUAGUACCAUAUUCAAGUAGGUUUCUGCUAGCUCAUGUCUAUAAUACUACAAUGAAGGCUGUCUGAGUAGUACCAUAUUCAAGUAGGUUUCUGCUAGCUCGUGUCUAUAAUACAACAAUGAAGGCUGUCUGAAUAGUACCAUAUUCAAGUAGGUUUCUGCUAGCUCGUGUCUAUAAUACUACAAUGAAGGCUGUCUGAAUAGUACCAUAUUCAAGUAGGUUUCUGCUAGCUCAUGUCUAUAAUACUACAAUGAAGGCUGUCUGAAUAGUACCAUAUUCAAGUAGGUUUCUGCUAGCUCAUGUCUAUAAUACUACAAUGAAGGCUGUCUGAAUAGUACCAUAUUAAAGUAGGUUUCUGCUAGCUCAUGUAUAUAAUACUACAAUGAAGGCUGUCUGAGUAGUACCAUAUUCAAGUAGGUUUCUGCUAGCUCAUGUCUAUAAUACUACAAUGAAGGCUGUCUGAAUAGUACCAUAUUCAAGUAGGUUUCUGCUAGCUCACGUCUAUAAUACUACAAUGAAGGCUGUCUGAAUAGUACCAUAUUCAAGUAGGUUUCUGCCAGCUCGUGUCUAUAAUACUACAAUGAAGGCUGUCUGAAUAGUACCAUAUUCAAGUAGGUUUCUGCUAGCUCAUGUCUAUAAUACUACAAUGAAGGCUGUCUGAAUAGUACCAUAUUCAAGUAGGUUUCUGCUAGCUCGUGUCUAUAAUACUACAAUGAAGGCUGUCUGAAUAGUACCAUAUUCAAGUAGGUUUCUGCUAGCUCGUGUCUAUAAUACUACAAUGAAGGCUGUCUGAAUAGUACCAUAUUCAAGUAGGUUUUCUACUCGCAUAAGCCCAAGACCAACCAACGAUAUUUAAUAACAGUAACAAUUCGUCUUUGUUUAUUUUGGCAAUCUUCAAAUUCGAAUGUAAGAUUAAAGAGACUAAAGAAAGAUUCGACUUACACGAAUGUUUGCGACAAAAUUAAAAUCGGCUAGUUAGAUGCCUAUGGAAGCGCAUAUGGUACACCCUGAUGCGUUGAUGAUUUUAACAUUCUAUGACGGCAUGAUAUGAAAAAGGUGUCAUGGCGUAAAAAAUAACUCAUCGUGUCGACUAAAACUAUGACGGCAAGUCAUUUUCACAAGAGCAUGACGCCAAAAUAUAUGUUGCUUUGUCGACUUAGAUCAUGUCGAUCAAAUAUUUUUUCGGGAAAAAGCCGGAAACAUUUACGUCGAGACUUUAACUUAAUGUCGUUAUGGCGAGUAAACUUAAGAGGGAAAAACCUACAAAACUAUGACGACAAAUCAUGUCAUGUUAUGUCAUAGUAAGUCGAUAUAAACUAAACCGACACGACCAUAGUAUUGGGGUGUACCAUAUUCUAUGACGGCAUGAUAUGAAAAAUGGGUCAUGGCGUAAAAAAUAGCUCAUCGUGUCGACUAAAACUAUGAUGGCAAGUCAUUUUCACAAUAGCAUGACGCAAAAAUUAUGUUGCUUUGUCGACUUAGAUCAUGUCGACCAAAUAUUUGUUCGGGAAAAGCCGGAAACAUUAACGUCGAGACUUUAACUUAAUGUCGUUAUGGCGAGUACAAUUAAGAGGGAAAGACCUACAAAACUAUGACGACAAACCAUGCUAUUUCACAGUCAAUCGAUAUAAAUUAAUCCGGCAUGACCAUAUUAUUGGGAUGUACCAUAUACGCUUCCGUAAUUUCACAGUAAGUCGAUAUAAAUUAAUACGGCAUAGCCAUAUUAUUGGGGUGUACCAUAUACGUUUCCGUAGAUGCCAAAGCAAUAACCACGUGUUGAUACAAGUAUAUCGGUUAAACGACGUGAUAAGUUUACAUUUCGGAAUUCCAUCUUAAAUUUUAUCGUUCGAUUUAAAAGAGACUACUAUGGAUCUGACUAACAUACAUAUUUACGACAAAAUUCUGAACUGCUGGUUAGAUGCCAUAGCGAUUAACACGUGUUGUUCUAUUUGGCAUAACGACGAGAUGAGGUAUACAUGGUGAAAUGCUAAUAUUAUAAAGGAUUUUCUGAAAAUGGGAAUGUGCGGAAUUUCCGUAGCAGUUUCCCAAUAACACGUAGAGAGUGUACGGGUUUUCCCCAGGUCGCUCCAUUGCGCAAUGCCAGGUCAACGUUUUGACCGGAAAACCGCUUUUGUUCAUUUACGAAAUGUAUCUUUGUAUUUUGUGAAAUGGCUGUAACUAGCCUGCUGUACGUUUACUGUUCCCUCGUCGUUAUUCUUUAAACACAUCCUGCAUUAACCCAUCUAUGCCUAGCGUCUAGAAACAAAGGACUUGGCAAACAGCGUAGACCCAGAUGAGACGCCGCAUGAUGCGGCGUCUCAUCAGGGUCUGCGCUGUUUGUUUAAAGGAAAUUAUGUAAGAAAUAUUAUAAAUAUGAAAAUAAGUAUACUAGACAUCCCUAAUUUUGGAAAUAAAUUGAUCCAAUUUAAAAGGAUGGGAGAGUCCACUAGGCAUAAAUGGGUCAAGAGUAACUCUACUGCCACACUUUAUCGUCAUUUACCGAAUACUUACCAAUAUGCUGACUUAUUGACAACUUUGCCUCGUGAAUAUUAUCGUACUCACUUCUGAAAGAGAUGUUAUUACGAAUACCGUACUGUAUAGUUUUUUUCGACGGAUAUUGUUCUCUUGCUUGAAAGCUUGUACGAAUGGGCAUGAAUUUCCUGAUGAUUCAACACCUUGUUUGCGACCACAGACUAGCGUAGUUCACUAUAACUAUUUCGUGACUUUCUCGUUAUGCGUUAUAUUGUCAUAAUGCAGUGGCUGGCUCGUCCUUAUUGUAACAAAAUUAUUGUUAUGCCUGUAGCAUUAUCAUUUUCCUAUGUUUUUGAACGCCCCUAUAAGCUUUGCAUGUAUACUAUGAAAAAGGUUUUACUUUCUCCAUAGAAAUAUUUGUGUUUAACAAGUAAGCACUGUCUGCGGAAUUUUCGUCCUUUAUAGCUUACCCAUUCGCCAAUCUCUUUGAAGGACUUCACACUGAUCUCACACACUGAUCUCCGAUCACCUAGACCAGUUCCUGGGUCACUGGAGGAACCUUUUUUGAAUUUUCGACCAUGAUAUUUCUUUUAAGCCUUCAAAAUGAAUAUGAGUUUUUUGUACAUGUUAGAAAUGAACUAUAUUGUCUUGUCAUGUUUUUAGAUGUUACAUUCUUACAAGAUGCCUCUGUAUAAAUGAAAGCGUGCUUUGGACGUAAACCUAUUGAAAAUUGAAUUAAGUACAUUUCUCUUUAAAAAAAAUCUCUGAAAAAGCACACGUUUUCUUCUACGCUGAAUACAGCGCGCGGUAAGGAGAGUAUCCUGCUUGCUUUCAUGAAGGAUAUUAGAGCCCAAUAUUUGCAGAAAACAAAUACUCUUUUUAUUCUUUCAGCGUGCGGAGAGCCGCCAAUGGUGAUGAGCUGUUCUGCACUAUUUGCUCUGAAACGUGCCAUUGAAGCUGCACGAAAGGACAUUGGCCGAGACACGGACUACUUCCCCUUAGGUGCACCGGCUACAGUGGAAUACUGUCAGAUGGCAUGUUAUACCGACCCGUCACAGUUCGUUCUGAUUUAAAUGCGCAUCUACAAAUCACGAAAAACAGGCGUAUAAUGUACAGAAAUGACCGGGUCGAAACACACUACGAAUGUUGCCAUGUGUACUUCAAAUGAUGUGGCCGGGACUUGCGAUUUAUAAUAUGUUAACUCUUUUUAAAUUUCCUUGUUCAAGAUGCUUGAUAAACAACUGUUACCUUUGACAAUGCUGAAAAAUAAUAAAUUACGGAAAUCCCGUUGGGACAAGUGAAUAUAUACUAAUAAUAUAUGCUGACUGGUAUAAUGAAAGUUGAGUUGUUGUGGUCAAAAGCAUUUUGAGGCUACAUGAUUUAACAAUUCUUCUGCAGUUGUUGCCUUAACCGAAUAGUUUGUGUUUGUAGUCUUUAAUUAUGUUGUGCAAUAUUUCAAAAUAUGCAAUGAUUGUUGAUAUUUUAUUUUUUCGUUUUUGUGAACGUAUUUCUUUUGCUAUGAUUAUUGUUGAAUUGUCAUGGAUAUUGGUGAGCAAUUUCAAAACCGCACAAAGUGCUCACCUUGUAAUGUAUUUCAGCAGCGUUAUGGGAAAACCGGACUUAAUGCAUGUGCGUAAAAUAUCGUCCCAUAUUAGGCUGAGCAGUCAGCACAGGCUACACUUUCCGAAUAUAUGGAAUGUUUCGUUUAAACGUAUUGUCUUCAAAGGAAAAUCCAGGCUAGGCGGAAAGUUUGAACCAGAUGAGCUUGUGCGGAUUUCACAGGCUAAUCUGGGACGACACUUUGCGCACGCGCAUUGCGCCCGGUCUAUACAGAGUGCUGCUCAUUAUUAUGUUAGAGGUAAGUUCGUUCUGCUAUUACAUGAAAAAUAAAAUGUGACAUAAAUAUUAUUAGAAAAUGUAAAUGACUUUACUAUGCUCAUAAAUGUUCAAGAAUUUGGACUGGGCUGUUUUAACCCAUUUAUGUCUAGAGUCUAGAAAAAGGCAUUGACAAGCAGCAUAGACCCAGACGAGACGCCGCAUCAUGCGGCGUCUUAUCAGGGUCUGCGCUGUUUGCUUAAAGGAAUUUCUGUAAGAAAUAUUCUAAAUAUAGAAACAAAUAUAUUAGACAUCCCUCACUUUGGAAAUAAAUUGAUCCAAUUUAGAAGGAUGGGAGAGUCCACUAGGCAUAAAUGGGUUUAGAUUGAAUCGUGAACUUUUUUCAAUGCUGAGAUUGAUUUAUCGCCAUUGACCUGUGAUAAUAAAUGCCAAUUAUAUAA